GUAGAUGGGUCGCACAGUUAAAAUCAAACGUAAGCCGCGCACUAUGCGUCCAACGACCUGGUUCGAAGAAUCCGAAGAAUACAAUCUGAUUACGGUUGAGGAGCUUGCGGAGUCAGUGCGUCGUUGGUCCUUUGACAAGGAGCGAAUGGUUGAAUCAAAAGAGAAAUCGGAACCAUUAGAUAAUUCCGAUGGUAAGUAUGGUGUCUGGAUAAUUCCUGCUGAUGCAGUAGAUCCUUCGACCCGAGCACUGGAUUUGAUGCGCGCUCUCAGGGAUGUACCACAUCCAGAUAUCUUUCGCCCGCCCAUUAAACUGAGCGGAGAGGCCUUUACCUUCUGUGUACCGUUUCUUUGGACUGGCAGGAAGCCAUGGCUGCAAACACAGCGCAAAAUAUUCGAGGAUGCCUUGCCUAUAAUCAAGAAACGUGCACAGGAAGCGCAGGAGCGAAUCGCUGGCGCUGCCGGAGGCGGUGAUGAGUCAUGUGAGGGCGCUGUGGGCUACGAUCGUCGCUUUUAUAAUUGCGGCAUGUUAGUGCGCCCAAUGACGAAACGCUUCCACCAUUACCCCAACAUGGAGACAACCACUGAGGAAACCACUUGGAUGGGGGGCAAGUACUGCGCCACAAUCACCAUCGAGAUGCCACAGAAGCCCAUUAAUUAUUUGCGUCUGCGUAAGCUGCGAAAAAAACUGCGCCCCAUACCCUUUGAGCAAUCCAAAUUGUCGGCAGGCAUCAGGCGCGUACCGAAGAAGCGAACCGAGCGAAGGGUCAGCCGCCCAAAGGCCAAGUUCGAACCAAAUGAAAUGUUGGAUUUCAUGUGCGGUGGCAUAAGCUUCGGACUCAGCGGCGGUGGCUUGGAUGAAGACUACAUCGAUAUAGACGAGCAUGCGUUCGAAGAGGAGGACUUGUUGGAUGGCAUUGAAGUCGAUGACUAUGAUGACUAUUUCAAGGAAAGCUUAGAUAGGCCCAAAAUGAAAUCCUGGCGCCGCACCACUGAUGUCUCUGAGUUGGUUUCAGUCUACGGGACUACACCGCCAAUCCCUUCUACAUCGGCAUCACCAUCACCAUUACCAUCACCAUCGACAUUGCCAGCGAUCCCACCACCAAGUGUGGAGAAAUAUGUGCCCCCACAACUGCGCCAGGCCAGGGCCUCGUUCAAGGCGCGUGCUCAAGCCCAGAUGCAAGAAGAGGCGAAGUGGUUCUUGGAGCACACAAGCAAAAUGAAGGUGGACAAAAAUGAUAUGCCACCGAUGCUGCAACGUGCCAAGGAGCUGGGCAUCCUCCGAUCACCGCCACCAACUUUGAGUCGCUAUCCAACUUAUCAUGACCUGUCGCCCAAGUCAAGUGACGCAAAAGAGGCCUGAACAUACAUACAAGUAGAUAGCAACACGUAUUGGUUUCCAUCGAAGUGAGUCAAGUUUAUUUUUAGCGCAAGACUUGAUUAAUCGGUCUAGCUUCUUAUACAUAUGUAGUGUUCAUUGAUUUGAUCUAUAUAUGAGUUAUUCAAAAUUUAUCGGUAUUGUAAAGGGCACAUACACAUACUUAUACAAGUACAACCUCCAGACCAAUAAAGGAAAUGCGCAUUUGAAA